UAUUGGGUUCUUCACUUGCAGAACAAACGCUUCGCCCGCCAUGACCUUCUUGACCGUCUAAGCUUGAUUUUCUCUUGUUGCUCUCUUCGUCUUUGGCUCUAACUCUGUUUAUUGGUUUCACAGAGCAACAGGCAUUUUAUUCAUUAUGAGUAACACCGAAACUUCCGGUAGCCCUGGAUGGAGUGCUUCCUUUUUCACGCAGACAACUGAGGAUGUUGCUAGAGCUGUUGCGGCUGCAGCUGCUGCUGCCACUACUGUCCAUUCACCACGCCCAUCUGUAAUAUUUUCAUCGAAAGAUGAUAGCAAUAGCCAACUUAGAAAACUGCAGCGGCAAGUUGUAAGAGUCUUGAAAGGCUUCUCAUCUCCUCCGGAAGUUAAAAAAAGAAAUUACAAUCCAGAAAUUCUAACUAGUCAAAAGCGUCAAUGGGCAAGCUUUCAAUUGCAAUUGUUGGAUCAAAGAUCUGUGAAACAGCCAUCCAGGCUUUUUGAGAGCAUGGUUGUUGUUGGUCUUCAUCCUAACUCCGAUAUUCAGGCACUACAACGGCAGAUUUUUGCCAGAAAGUCUGAAAGUUCCGGCAAAUUGAGAGGUUCGCUGAGUGGCCAGAAUCUAGCUCGUGUAGAACCUAACCUUGAACCUCAGGUUUUAUUUGUAUACCCUCCAGAAAAACAACUACCACUAAAAUAUAAGGAUCUUCUGUCAUUCUGCUUUCCUGGAGGCACGGAGGUUCAUGCUGUUGAAAGAACUCCUUCAAUGAGCGAGUUGAAUGAGAUACUAAUUGGGCAGGAACACCUUAAACAAAGUGAUCUGUCCUUCGUAUUUCGUUUACAGGUGGCAGAUGAUUCAACAUUAUAUGGAUGCUGUGUAUUAGUUGAAGAAGCUGUACAACAACCUUCAGGACUGAUUUCCAUGAUAUCAGACAAGCAGACAUUCUCAAAAUCUUUAAGCCGUCACAUCUUAACCACUCCCCGGUGCUAUUGCAUCCUCUCAAGGCUUCCAUUCUUUGAGUUGCAUUUUGCUGUAUUGAAUAGCAUUUUUACUGAAGAAAGAUUGGAGCGGUUGACAAAAGGCAUGGGUAUGUUGGAUUUGGAUAUGCUGGAGGGACAUAACAAUGAAGAAGAAUUACAUGAAAAAUCUAAAGAUAUUUUGGCAGAGGAUGGUCUAAAUGGAUCCAUGGAAACUUCUGAAAUAAGUACAGAAGGUUCUACACCGAGAAAAAUUGCAGAGGAUGCAAGUCAGGUGGAGGAGCAUCAAAUGCUUGAGGGGGACUUUGAUUUGUUAAGGGAAGGAAUCCAUAACAGUGUGGUUUCUUCAAUUAAUUCUGAAACCGGGAUGCUUACUCCUAAAGGGGAAACACGGAUCUCUGAUGUACAGGAAAUCUCUGUUGAUGAACUUGCAACAAACAAACAAACAAUUGAAAGACGCUUACCAGAGGCUGUUCUGCCACUUCUGCGAUAUUUUCAAUAUGAAAGCUCGGAAUCUUCUAUCAGUUUCCAAGGUUCACCAUGUGAAGACAGGAAUUUUAGGAGUGAUGGGGAUGAAGCUGAAAUGGAAGAGGCCUCUUCUUCAGGCCAGGAAGAUCCCAGUGAUCACAAUGACAUUCUUGAAUGGGCUAAGGCAAACAAUUAUGGCUCCUUACAAAUAAUUUGUGAAUAUUACCGGUUACGCUGCCCUGCCAGAGGUACAACUGUUACAUUUCAACCUUUGGAGCACUUGCCUUCUGUGGAGUUUCACAGGACUGGGGAAACAGUCCUCCAUAUUGCCAGCUCAACCAUUGAUAUAAGAUCAUGCAGUAGAAGUCUAGAAUUAGCAGAGGCACACAAUUCAUUCUUGGCUGAGGAGGAAGCAACUGCUCUAUCAGUAUGGACUGUUGCUUGCAUAUGUGGCUCCUUCCGACUUGAAAAUGUGUUAACAAUUUUCGCAGGGGCGCUUCUGGAAAAGCAAAUCGUGAUUGUCUGCUCUAAUUUGGGAAUCCUGUCUGCACUAGUUUUGUCAAUUAUUCCAUUAAUCCGGCCUUACCACUGGCAGAGCCUUCUAAUGCCGGUUUUACCAAAUGAUAUGCUUGACUUUUUGGAUGCACCAGUCCCAUAUGUAGUUGGUGUUAAGAACAAAACUACUGAAGUACAGUUGAAGUUGGCUAAUAUCAUUCUAGUUGAUGCCAAUAAGAAUCAGGUGCGAUCACCAAGUUUACCACAACUGCCCCAGCAUAAGGAGUUAUUUUCAUCUUUAAGUCCAUAUCAUGCCAAACUUGUGGGAGAAAGUUAUUUAGCAAGAAAAAGACCAGUCUAUGAGUGCACGGAAGUCCAGAUUGAAGCUGCCAAAGGAUUCUUAGCAGUGCUUAGAUCUUACUUGGACUCACUCUGCUCAAACCUGCGUUCUCAUACAAUUACAAAUGUGCAGUCCAAUGACGAUAAGGUCUCUUUACUUCUAAAAGAGAGCUUCAUUGAUUCAUUCUCAAGCCGUGACCGGUCAUUUAUGAAGCUUUUUGUGGACACGCAACUUUUCUCUGUACAUACAGAUCUUGUUCUCUCCUUUUUCCAGAAGGAAUAGUAUGGCCCUGUAGUUGCACUGAAGUGGUACAAUGAGAUAAUUCUCAAAGAAAGUUGUAAUUUAUAGUCUUCUGUUUUUUAACAUUAUUUUUUAUUUAUAAAUAUCUUUUCUCCAAUAGCGUGAUAAAGAGCUUCCUUUCAAAGUCCUUCAGCACUCCUGUUUUCUUAGCAUAAGUAAAUUAUUCUCUGUUACGUAGUGUCAUCAUAUAAAUAAAUGGUGAAGAUGC